CCUAAACUUCUUCCCAAUUUCAUUGCAAACAGGAAACGAAUCUCUCUGGUGAUGAUCUACAGGCGACGACUCUCAAUUUCUAAAGCGACGACCCCUCCAUCUUUCUCUCCCUGCGGUAACAAGGCGAUUCUGAUUCAAUUAGGUUUCUUGUGAAAUGGGGGGCUUCUGCUCUCUCAUAGGUCCUUUGCAGAAGGUUUAUAUGCAACAAUAUUAGGCUUCUGUUGGGGAAAUUCUUGAAUCUAGUGUUCAAGGAAUUGGAAUUGGAGUAGUGGGGUUGUUGUUUGUUGGUUUUAAAAAGGGAAAUGGAGAAGGUUAAGAAUCUGUUGAAACCGAAACCCAACCCUCAACAGCUUCUCAGGGACUGGCAGCGACGCCUCAGGCAGGAGUGUCGCGGCAUCGAGCGCCAAAUCAGAGAUGUGGAGAGAGAAGAAAAGAAUGUUCAGAAAGUAAUCCGGGAGGCUGCGAAAAGAAAUGAUAUGGUCUCUGCAAAGGCACUUGCAAAGGAAAUUGUUAGAUCAAGGAGAGCUGUCAACCGUUUGUACGAAAAUAAGGCACAACUGAAUUCGAUAUCAAUGCAUUUGGGAGAAAUUGUUGUGACUGCUCGAACAGUGGGACACUUGUCAAAGAGUGCAGAAGUUAUGAAAAUUGUGAAUGGUCUAAUGAAGGCUCCAGAAGUGGCUGCCACGAUGCAAGAGUUCAGCAAAGAAAUGACAAAGGCAGGGGUAAUCGAAGAGAUGGUAAAUGAUGCUGUGGACACUGCACUGGAUUCAGAAGAUAUAGAAGAGGAAAUUGAAGAGGAAGUGGAUAAGGUUUUGACAGAAAUUGCUGGAGAAACAACUGCGCAACUACCGGAAGCUGUAAGAAAAGAGAGAGUACAACAACCUGCCCAGAAGGGAAAAGCACCUCAAGAGCAAGAAGCUAUUGCCGAGGGUUUGGAUGAUGAAAAGGAACUCGAGGAGAUGAGGGCACGCCUUGCGAAUGUACGGUCGUAGUGAUCAUGGUCUCAGAUUGAAUGUAACAAGUGGAGCAGUGUUUAUUGCCAUGGUUGCUGUUGUAAGGGCUUCUGCCCCAAGCCUCUAUAAAGUGCUAGCAAUUUCCAAACUUUGAAACUAAUCUUAGUAAGAAAUGUGCCAUUAUGUCAUGACAAGCUGUCCUGUAAUGUAGCUUUUAGUAUCUAACAUCCCAAACAUGAGUAAUGAGUAAUCAAUCGGUUGGUACAUAUUUUUUACAA